AAAAAAAAAAAAAACCCGUCAAACUAACUCCCCAGUUCCGGGCAGCACCUGUCACGGUAACCACAGAAAUGUUAUAAACGCCGUUGCAUUGUGGGACACAUGAUUGACGCGGCGGCCAUUUUCCCGCUGGACGCUGCUUCCCAUUGUGGAUACGAAGAAGAAAAUACAGACAAGCGACACAUUUCUCUCCACUUCUCUUCACUUUCCCUCUAGGUGAUCUGUAGUAGCCAUGGCCCGUACCAAGCAGACUGCCCGUAAGUCCACUGGAGGUAAAGCUCCACGUAAGCAGCUGGCCACCAAGGCUGCUCGCAAGAGUGCCCCUUCCACUGGUGGUGUCAAGAAGCCCCAUCGCUACAGGCCGGGUACUGUGGCCCUGCGUGAGAUCCGUCGUUAUCAGAAGUCCACUGAGCUGCUGAUCCGCAAGCUCCCCUUCCAGCGUCUGGUGAGGGAAAUUGCCCAGGAUUUCAAGACUGACCUGCGUUUCCAGAGCGCAGCCAUCGGAGCUCUGCAGGAGGCCAGCGAGGCCUAUCUGGUGGGUCUGUUUGAGGACACCAAUCUGUGCGCCAUCCAUGCCAAGCGUGUCACCAUCAUGCCCAAAGACAUCCAGCUGGCACGUCGCAUCCGUGGAGAGCGUGCUUAAACGCUCUCGUUCUCCCUCUUGGUCUUUCUCCUCCUCACCUCUUCCUGUCCUUCCUUCACCUUUCUGCCUCUCCAUCCCUCUGCCCCUCACCCGCCGUCCCUCCCUCCCUCCCUGUGUUAGUAGUGUGUAGAGGAAAACUGAUUAUAUUAUAAUUAAAGUGUAUAGUCGUGUUUUUCUUAGUGCUCUUGGCAGCAGACUUCUAGGGUACUCUCUUUUUGUGCAUGUACCAAAUCUUUGGUGAUGAGAUCUCCUCAAGCACACAUAUCCUGGUUUGCACUGUUUCUAACAGGCUCUGUGAGAGAGUGGGUAACAUGGAUAAAGUGAGGAGAGAAACAGACUAGAACAAUGCAAACGUGGGAGGGACAAGCAGGAGGACAGGAUGGCUGUUUUUUUUCUGCUGGGGGGACUCUGGUCUCCUUUCUGCAGCAGGGUGCUAGAAGAACUUGCCGGGUCCUCUCGUCCUGCUUCCUGUCCUGCCAGCCUCCGCUCAGCAGCAGUUUGUUUCUGCUCCGGAGAGCUGAGCCUGGACUUGGUGUCCUGUGUGUCUGCGUGAGUGUUGGCUCUGAUCACCACAGCAAAUUGUAUACAGUCUAUCAGCAUCUUGGGGAAGUAGUUCUAUGAUUACUAUACGGCUCAUUGCUGUUAUUCAUUGUGUUGAGUUUUGUCUUUCCAAAUAAGUCUCACACUUGUGAUUUUUUUUUUUUUUUUUUUUUUUUUUUUUUUAAUUUUAUUUUUGAAACUAUUUGACACAAAGUUGGGGGGAUGAAACAGAUUCAAACAAAACAAAUACAAAAAGCAGAUUUGAAAUAUUUUUUUCUACUGAAAUGUGAUGCUACUGACUCUCAAUGACACCAAAGUUUGAUCCUCUUCUACACGCUCUUAUAGAGUUUAACCUCAUCUGUCUGUUUGUUGUGUUCAAAUUGGGUUCUUCUAAUUAUUUAAAUCCAAAGCUUAUGAGCUCAAAUGGUGUCAGAGAUACUUUUUUAGCAGUGGCAUGUUUUUUAAUACCAAGACCUUUUUAUAGCAAAGGCUCAUCAAGGUUUGUAACAUUCUGUAAAACCAAAAGUUCUCAAAGUGUAAAAAUGAUUUUUUUAAGAAAAAUAAAACAACUGAUUAAAAUGUGAAGGAUAUUCUGAAUCAGCGUUUAAUGACUAAUAAUAGUCAUUUUUUCUGUAUACGUCCCCCCUGUACUUUUAUUUUCUUCACUCUGGAUCAAUUGAUCAUCCGUAUACCGCUUCUCAGGUUGACUUGUCACCCCUUUUAACUUAAAUUUGUUUUUUUUGCUUUAUUUGAGUUUCUUUUUUUUAAAUGUUGAAGAUAAUGUUUCAAUUAAACAAUGUUUGUAAUUUCCAGAUUUGUCAUAUAAGGUGGUAAUAAAUGGAUGUUACACACAC